AUGUUGGUCAAGGGUCUAGCUGGCAGCUUGCUGCUUGUGCAGCUAGUGACUUCUGCCGCAAGCAAGUCGACGCCUGCGUACAAGGACCCAACAGCCUCUGUGGAUAAACGUGUCAAGGAUUUAUUGAGUCGAAUGACCAUUGAAGACAAGAUGGCUCAAUUGAUGCAAGGCGAUAUUACCAAUUGGAUGAAUCAAACUUCCGGCGCCUUUAACUACACCGGACUCGUCACCAACAUGCAGAUGAAAGCAGGAUCAUUCUAUGUUGGUUAUCCGGUUCCCUGGGACUGGAUUGCGGACAAUGUGAAGAAAGCCCAAGAUUACUUAGUUCACAACACCACUCUUGGAAUUCCGGCUCUUGUUCAGAGCGAGGGUAUUCAUGGCUUCUUGCUCGGCAAUGCAACUAUCUUCAACUCCCCCAUCGCGUAUGGAUCAUCUUGGAACAGAGAUGCAAGUUCACAUCUUGUGGAGAAAAUGGCCGAGGUGAUUGCCCAAGAAGCCCAGACCCUCGGAGUCAAUCAGCUCUUCGCACCAGUCGUAGACUUGGCUCGCGAGCUUCGCUUCGGACGAGUCGAAGAAACAUUCUCGGAAGACCCAUUCCUAGCAGGAGAAAUCGGUUACAGUUACGUCAAGGGCCUACAAAGCAAGAAUGUCUCCGCCAUGGUCAAGCAUUUUGUUGGAUUCAGUAACCCCGAGCAAGGCCUAAAUACUGGUCCUGUUCACGGCGGCGAGAGAGAGCUUCGUACUACCUGGAUGCCGUCUUUCAAACGUGCAAUUAUCGACGCAGGCGCUUGGUCUAUCAUGGCCGCUUACCACUCGUAUGACGGUAUCCCAGCCGUCUCGGAUUACCACACUUUGACUGAGAUCCUGCGCGAGGAAUGGGGCUAUGACUAUUUUGUCAUGACUGAUGCUGGCGGCAGUGACCGACUCUGCAACGCAUUCAAGCUUUGCGCGACCAAUCCUAUCGACAUGGCUUCGGUCACAACGCAGCUGUUGGGGGCUGGCACGGACGUGGAAAUGGGAGGCGGUUCUUUCAACUUCCAGAAGAUUCCCGAUCUCGUUAAGUCCGGCAAGCUUGACAUCAAGACUGUUGACCAAGCUGUAUCACGUUUCCUUCGAGUGAAGUUUGAGAUGGGUUUAUUUGAGAAUCCCGACCUAGCUGCACCGAAAGACAAGUGGAAGAGCUUGAUCAACAACUCGGCUGCUAAGAAACUUGCGCGUGACCUGGACAAGGAGUCAAUCGUGCUUCUCGAGAAUCACGACUCCACGCUGCCGCUCAAGAAGUCUGGAAGUAUUGCAGUAAUUGGGCCCAUGGCCCACGGAUACAUGAAUUACGGAGACUACGUUGUUUAUCAAAGCCAGUAUCGUGGAGUUACCCCGUUGGACGGUAUCAAGGCAGCCGUUGGUUCGAAGGCCAACAUAAACUAUGCGCAAGGUUGCGAGCGAUGGAGCAACGAUCAGUCUGGCUUCGCAGAGGCGAUUGCCGCGGCCAAAAAAUCCGAUGUGGCCGUUGUUGUCGUCGGUACCUGGUCAAGGGAUCAAACCCAGCUCUGGCAAGGGCUCAAUGCUACGACCGGCGAGCAUGUUGAUGUCGAUGAUCUCUCGCUAGUAGGCGCCCAGGGCCCUCUCAUCAAAGCCAUUGCAGACACAGGCGUUCCAACCAUCGUUGUGCUCUCAAGCGGCAAGCCUAUCACAGACACUUGGAUUGCCAACUCGACAUCCGCCCUUGUCCAACAAUUCUACCCGUCAGAGGAGGGUGGCAACGCCUUGGCCGAUGUCCUCUUUGGUGAUUACAACCCCUCCGGCAAGCUCUCCGUUAGCUUCCCCCAUUAUGUCGGUGAUCUCCCAAUUUUCUACGACUAUCUGAACUCGGGUCGUUCCAUCGGCGACUCAGGACACAUCUACAAGAACGGAACCCUCAAGUUCGGACACCAAUAUGUUCUGGGUAGCCCGCUUCCGUGGUACCCAUUCGGAUACGGCAAGAGCUAUUCCAACUUCCAGUAUGGAACUGUCAGUGUCGACCGCUGCAAAAUCUCCGCGCACGACGAGAAAGUCACCAUAAGCGUUGAUGUCACCAACACCGAUAAGAGCCGAGACGGCACUGAAGUCGUCCAGGUAUACGUCUCUGAUGACAUUGCGUCAGUGGUUGUUCCCAACCGUGCACUGAAGGGUUUCGAAAAGGUCAUGAUCCCUGCGGGUAAGACUAAGAACGUCAAGAUUCCUAUCCUGGUGAAGGAUAUUGGACUCUGGAACAAUCGCAUGAAAUAUGUGAUUGAGCCAGGUAACUUUACUGUGCUUGUCGGUAGCAGCUCGGAGGACAUUCGAGGGAACGUGACUUUUACCGUCCAGUAG